UGUGCUAUUGCUCCAGCCCCUGGGGGCUUCCCUUUUAUCUGCGGCCAAUGCCUCCCCCACUUUACCCCAGACAUCCCAUUGCUUAUUCAGAACUGGCUCCCUAUUCCAUGGGCGGGAUCUAAAGUGACCUGGUGCUCCACACUUUCAUUCCUGCUGUACAGUGAGGAGAGACAAAGAAGUAGGCUCUGACACACACUGGGCCUCUGGGGAGUGACCUUUCUCACUAGAACAGCCUACAGCCCCUAUCGGAAGGCCCUCCCAACAGAGACAUUUUGUGUGGAUUCCAGGAAGCUUCUGACAUUCCCCAAUCAGGUCAAGAGGUGACACCACUCUGCCCCUGCGCCAAUCCCUACACCCUGUCUGUAGAUCAGUCAGGUACUAAAUUCCCCUCAAAGCAUCCUCACUUGAGAAGUGGCCACCUGUCUCAGUGACACUGAAAAGUUUGGUGACUACGAAACGCACGGGAGAUGGGGACUUUAGGAAGCAGGUGAGCAAAAGAAAAGGUGGUCCAGGCAACGGCAGGGCCCGGAUUCCUCGAGCCAUCAGCAGUCUGGAAGGCUGGGUGGAGCGCGCGCGCGGGAUGAAUGCAAGCACAUGCCCGCCCGUGUGGAUGAGAGAAGGGACGAAGGAACGCGUGGACAGGCUCAUUUCCAACACCGUGUUCUCUACUCGGCAGGAUGCUGGAGGAGGCGGCGCCCGAGGCCCCGUGCGCGGGCUCGUGCCACGCGCAGCGCGUGCUGCAGACCCUCAACGCGUACCGGCGGACCGGCACGCUCACGGACGUGGUGCUGCGCGCCGGCGGCCGCGACUUCCCGUGCCACCGCGCGGCCCUGGGCGCGGCCAGCGCCUACUUCCGCGGCCUGUUCGCGGCGGGGCGGCCCGAGCGCGGGGGCCUGGCCGUGGUGGCCGUGGCGCCCGAGGCGUCGGCGGCCGCCGCGCUGGCCGUGGUGCUCGACUACGUGUACGGCGCGGGCGUGCGGCUGCGCGCCGAGGACGAGGCGGCCGCGGUGCUGGCGCUGGCCGCGCGCCUGGGCGUGGCGGGGCUGCGCGAGGCGUGCGCGCGCUUCCUCGAGGGCCGCCUGCGCGCCGCCAACAGCCUGGCGCUGCGCCGCGUGGCCGCCGCCUUCUCGCUCGCGCCGCUGGCCGAGCGCUGCGGCCGCGUGCUGCGCCAGUCGUUCGCCGAGGUGGCGCGCCACACCGACUUUCUGGAGCUGGCGCCCGACGAGGUGGCCGCGCUGCUGGCCGACCCGUUCCUGGGCGUGGCGCGCGAGGAGGCCGUGUUCGAGGCGGUGAUGCGCUGGGUGCGCCACGACGCCCCCGGCCGCCGCGGGCAGCUGCGCCGCCUGCUGGAGCACGUGCGGCUGCCCCUGCUGGCGCCCGCCUACUUCCUGCAGAAGGUGGAGGCCGACGAGCUGCUGCAGGCCUGCGCCGAGUGCCGCCCGCUGCUGCUCGAGGCCCGCACCUGCUUCAUCCUGGGCCGCGAGGCCGGCGCGCUGCGGGCGCGGCCAAGGAGGUUCAUGGACCAAGCCGAAGUGAUCGUGAUCAUCGGCGGUUGCGACCGAAAGGGCCUCCUGACGCUGCCCUUUGCCGACGCCUACCACCCGGAGAGCAGACGCUGGACCGCUCUGCCCAGUCUGCCCGGCUACACGCGCUCCGAGUUCGCCGCCUGCGCGCUCCGCAACGACGUCUACGUUUCGGGAGGCCACAUCAACAGCCGAGAUGUGUGGAUGUUCAGCUCCCAUCUGCACACCUGGAUCAAGGUGGCCUCGCUGCACAAGGGCAGGUGGAGGCACAAGAUGGCAGCAGUGCAGGGGCAGCUCUACGCGGUGGGCGGCUUCGACGGCCUGCAGCGCCUGCGCAGUGUGGAGCGAUACGACCCCUUCUCCAACACCUGGGCGGCCGCGGCGCCCCUCCUGGAGCCGGUGAGCUCGGCGGCCGUGGCCCCCUGCAGCGGCCAGCUCUACGUGAUCGGGGGCGCGGGGCAGGACGGCGUCAGCACCGACAAGGUGCAGUGCUUCGACCCCAAGGAGGACCGGUGGAGCCUGCGGUCACCUGCACCCUUCUCGCAGCGCUGUCUGGAGGCCGUAUCCCUGGAGGACACCAUCUACGUGGUGGGGGGCCUUAUGAGCAAAAUCUUCACCUACCAUCCUGGCACGGAUGUCUGGGAGGAGGUGGCUCAACUCCCCGGCCCUGUGGAGAGCUGCGGUGUGACUGUGUGUGAUGGAAAGGUGCAUAUCCUUGGUGGGCGUGACGAGCACGGGGACAGCACCGACAGGGGCUUUACCUUCGACCCCAGCAGCGGGCAGGUAGAGGCCCCGCUGUGUCUGCAGCGCUGCACCAGCUCCCAUGGCUGUGUCACCAUCGUCCAGAGCCUAAGCAGGUAACUCAGAUCUGAGCCAGGAGGUGGACUGCAGCUCAGCGCCCUGCUCCCCUGUGGCAUCUUGUAAAUAUCCACUUCCUGCACCUGAGAAUAAAACCUGCUUCAAAGACUCAGCCUGUGUUCCAGCUGGAGCGGAGCAACCCAGAAAAGCAACACUCAGAGCACACCGGCGGUCGCCUUUAUAAUAGAUGGAUAUUUCCUAAAUGCCGUGAAUACUUCAUUAAUUCUUAAAAAUGAAUAUAAUUUAAAAAUGCGAGAGCGAGAGAGCGCCUGCCAUAGAGG